AUGGAUCUCCUGAACUGCUCCUCUGUGGAACUCUCUGAUGUUCUGGUUGGCCGGAUCAGCCCUGGUAAAGUCCUGCUCUCCCUGAUGCUCUCAGUUUUGGCUGUGGUCACCACCAUCAUCAACUCCCUGGUGAUCACCGCUAUCUUGGUCACCCGCAAGCUCCACCAGCCAGCCAACUACUUGAUCUGCUCCUUGGCCGUGACUGACCUUCUGGUGGCUGUGCUGGUAAUGCCGGUCAGCAUCAUCUACAUAGCAGAGGAGGCUUGGGUGCUGGGGCCAAUCGUGUGCCACCUGUGGCUGGGCGUGGACGUUACCUGCUGUACUUGUUCCAUCCUACAUCUGGCUGCCAUUGCCCAUGACCGUUACCGUGCCAUCACUGAUGCCGUGGCCUACUCUCAGAAGCGCACGUCCAGACGUGCUGUCACAACUAUCGUGGUCCUUUGGGUGCUUUCUGUACUUGUUUCACUUCCUCCGCUCAUGUGGAGGAAAUUUCCCAAUAUAAGAGAAGAAGGUGGUGGUAAUGGAGUUGGGGUUAUGGACUGUUUGAUAGAGCAUGACCAUGUUGCCUUCACAGUCUACUCCACAUUUGGUGCUUUCUACAUCCCCCUCACCCUCAUCCUGGUGCUCUACUACAAGAUCUACCGGGCGGCCCAGACACUCCGUAACCGAAGAGGAAGCAGCCGUUUGGUGCAGCAAACAGUCAGCAGCGUCAUGUUGAGUUCGGAAAGAGAGGCUCCUCUCAGUCCAGACACGCUCAGCCCCACCGAAAAGUCUUUUUCUGACCCGUCUACGGAUGGAGACAGAGUCAGGAUUGCGCCCAACACAGGGCGGAUGGUCAGGAACCGCAGGGCCCCUGGGGCCAGGGAGAGACGUGCAGCUUUGACGCUGGGCCUCAUCCUCGGGGCCUUCGUAAUCUGCUGGCUGCCUUUCUUUCUCAAGGAGGUCAUCGUAAACACCUGCCCUUCUUGUAGCAUCUCAGCCGUUCUUGCAGACUUCCUGACCUGGCUGGGCUACCUGAAUUCACUCAUCAACCCACUUAUAUACACCAUCUUCAACGAGGACUUCAAAAAAGCCUUCCAGAAACUUCUCCCGCUGUGUUGUACAAACUACCGGUGAAGC